GCGACGUUCCAGCUCACCGGUGGCUAGACGCGUUGGGCUAUUUAUUUUGCUCCUAGUUGAUGAUCGCCUUGCGGAUACGAUACGAUGCACCAGCGUCGCAGCGAAUCGGGGGCCGGCGGGCCAACAGCCCUGCCGUGCUGCGCUGCGCUGCGCUGUGCUGUGCUGGGCCUUGAGGCGGCUGCGGUGAGCCACUGGAUGAACAAGUCAAGUACCUAGAUGGCAUCGUCUUGUCUCAUCAUCCACCGCCACCGGGCGACUGCGUGAUUCGAGUGCGCACAGAAAACAAAUCCUCAGACGACGGGCAAGCACCUGAAUAUCCCACAUGGAGGCAAAAAAGCAGGUGGAGCCGCAGCCAACAGCGUGCUAAGGUGUGUAGUAAAACACGGAUACGAUACCGUGCUCUACGGCCCCCGGCUUAGUCGCCGUCCACACCUAGCGACUGACUGCUUGACUGGGUCCAUACUCGAGCAGCCCAUGAAAGGGGUGCGCGCAUUGCACCGUGCUGACAUGCCGGCCAUGUACCGUACUCUAAAUACACACAGGAGCGUCGUCGGCUGCCCGAGCGAACUCACGUCUCUCUCUCUCUGUGUGUGUGUGCCUGUGUCAGUCAUUCAACUAGUCGGUACUACUGUCAUGUACCCUUAGUACCCUUCGCAGCCAACGGUCCUUUUUUCUGACGUCCGCUUACCCUGCAAUCAACGUUUCCGCACCCGUUUCAGUCUCUUGCUUUUCCCUCCGCCCCUCUCCUCUCCUCUCCCCUUCGCCUCCGAGUCGGUCUCUGUCUGCAUGUCUGCCCUUCCUUCACUCCCUCCCUUUGUCUACCUCUGCGCUCUGCCUGCCUGAGCUGUCAUCAUCGUCGCUCGUUCCUCCGCUAGCUAGGGGCACUACUAAAUGCCCCGUCCCCUCGUUGAUACUUUCCGUAUUGCCCUCACAUCCGACUUCCUCUGCAUCGAUAAUAAGCCCCGCCCGCUUUGCACCCUCUCCGACACAUUGCCUUUGCCGCUCUGCACAGUCGCUCGUUCCAUCACUCCCUCGAAACCUUCAAGGGCCCUGGUGUCCCUCGCUUCCACAUACUUUCCUUUCUGGGCCCCAUCAUCAUCUCUCUCACCACCCCACACCGGCCACAUUGCGUGUUGCGGCCCCUCUCCCCAUCUUAUUGCUUCGUGUCCACCCUCCAGCCAUCGUCUGCCCAUUUCUUCUCCAGUCGCCUUGCCCACCAUCGCCCUCACAGUCUCUGCUGGGAAUCGUUCAUGCAUUGAUACAGCAGGAAGACACAAUCGGCUGUUGUACACGCCAUGGCUCCCAACGAAAAGUCCAGGCUGACCCCUGGUCAUGCCCUCAGGAACCUUGCCCACGAUAACUCCUCGUCUCUAUGGCGGCGAUCCAAAUCAAGUGCCAACAUGCGCGAACAGGCCGCCCAAGAAUCCACUUCACUCAAAGUCGCACCCAAGCUUGAACGGACCCCUUCAAAGAUGUCUCUUUUCAAUCUCUUCAGCAAACCCAAGGUGGAGAGGGCGAGGGGUCACACAGAGGUCGGCCUAGCCGUCCCGAUACCACCGCAAGAAUCGCACAAACCCCUUCCGUCCCCUCCCAAGUCUUCCCUAAGGAAAAACCCUCCACCGCAUACCCAACAACCCCAGAGAAUGCGAACUAGUCAGAUCUUCAACCCGGUAUCCUCACGAUCCUCUAGCUUCGAUCGCCCAACGAGUAUGAUCGAGGACGACUGGCAACCAUUGCCCUUGUUUCAAGCUUACCAGCAGGCCAUCAAACACGCUACCGUGCAAGCAUGCGUCUUUUCUCCAGACGUGCUAUUGAGGACCCAAAGCCAAAGAAGGCAAGCCGAGCUGCUACGUGAGAGGUCCAACAACAGCCGACCUGAUCUGGACAAUAUUCCGGAGCAGAAGAAGUUGGAAAAGCCCAAUAGGCGAAUCAUGACAAACCCCAUGUCGGGAUCGUCCCCCCAGCUGACCAAAAAGUUCUACGCGUUGAUCCCUUCCGGCUACAUCCUGCAGUAUGCUUCCGACGGGGCUCCCGAACGAUUGCCCGAGAAAGUCUUGAGGCUUGGGAACGAGUCUGCUGCUUUCGCUUGCGAUCUAAUACCCGGAAAGCACUGGGUAUUGCAGAUAUCGCAAAGCGCCAGCGAGGAUGGAACCGUAGUAACAGCACCCCGUCAUUCCAUCUUCUCGCGGCUUCGAAUGCAAGGAAGCAGCGCACGAAAAACAGCAACGAGCUUCCUACUCGUGAUGGACAGUGCAGAAGAGAUGGAAUCAUGGAUGACUACAGUACGACGAGAGAUUGAAAAUCUGGGUGGCAUCAAGGUCGGUGAUGAUUCCAGCAGAGCUUCCUCCUCAACAGACGAUGCCUCUGAGAAGAUGACAACCGACAUGGCGUCCUCUCACCAUCCUGUUCCACGUGAAUCGGACCGGAUCAGCAAAAUCAAUCCGGUGGAUUCACCGCUUCAGUCCCAAUAUUCAGACUCGCCCAGAAUCAUCACUUCCGAAUGGGAGGGUGAUCGCCACGAGAAACGUACCAGCGUGGCAGACUCUUCCAGUGUACGGUCCCGCUAUAGUAAUGGCCGUACGUCUGUGGAAGCCCCGUCUAUCGCUACGACGGCUGCGUCACACGACCAAUUGCAGCUUGACCAGCUCCGCCACAGCCGGCAUUCGUACAUGUCUGCAACGUCAGCACCGGCGUCGGGUACGGCAACUGUGAACACAUCGCGAGACUCGUCACCAGCCUCGACUUCUCCACUCAGAGAGAAGUUUGCUCCUGCAGAUGCAGAACCGCUGCGAAGUGCAUCAUCUCUCAAGUCGUUUCACAUGAGUACAACCCGUCGCAGAUCCAUGCAACCUCUGCCAGUCACCAAUGAGGAUACUUCGCUAUCCGCCGCCCCAACCUCGGCACUUCAUCGUCACUCAACCUGGACUCCAACUUCACAUCCCUCCACACCUUCAAGUGCGCCUUACCUGAAUUCUUCUGCGCCUGCGUCCUUGACCGCCACGCGCCCUGCAAGCACAGCUCGCUACAGCAGUACCCCUGCAGGACGUCCCGCUCACAAUCCCAAUCUGAUCAGGUACGGCAACAGGAGUUCUAGCGCGCCGCCUGCGAGGGUUUCAACGACAAUCACGCCGCCACCGAAUCGCCCAGUUCCCGCACCGCCUUCAGCGACUCGUCCUCCAUCUACGUUGGGCAAUCUACCGCAUCCCAAUACUCAAUCCAACCAUGCGGAACGUCGCGUCUCAGCAACCCCCAAACCUUUCAUCCGACCCUUCCCCGUGCGCCCUCAAUCGUCAACCAACAAGGACGGCUCCAUUGUUGUCCCUCGACGAUUUUCCUCCACCGUCAAUUCGGGGCCGGCGCCCCUCCCCCUUGGCAUCGUGGUCAACCGCGCUGUGACUUCUCCAGCGCAACCGCCUUCCAGGAUUAAUACUAGCCCGAGGCAGCAGUCGGGCCCGCCCAAUGCUUUCUCAAAUCAGCAACCUGUGCAGCAACUGCGUCGUCCAAACUCGGUGCAGAUUCGCUCGAGCACUGCACCCUUUCUCUCUCAGUCGCGCCCGGCGCGCGCCAUUUCCAACACACCUUCGUUCGUCCCUGGCAAGCGUGCAUCUGCGGCUCCCACUGCCUCCACUUUACCUGCCACUCCUACCCUAUCAUCUUCUCCUAGCAUCCCUGUAUUAAGAGGUCAAGGUCAGCAGCUAUCUCCCCCAAAGAGCGUCUCCCCUCGUCGCAGCGUUCCUAACAUGGGGCUGCCACCUCCGGCCCCCCCUCCAACUAUGCCUUUACCUCUUCGUCCCGGCGAGCCGCAGCGUGCGGUUCCGGUAUAG